UUGUUUUUACACUCAUUACUCAGUAGGCGAUGUGUAGUAUCAGAAUCGAUGCUAGUUUAUAAAAGAAAACGCCGAUACCUUCUGAAGAGCCUGAAGGAUCUUCCAUAGUGGUGUGUGCUGUAUGGUGUUAAAGUCAAGUGGGGAGUUCAAAGAGUGACUGACAGCUGCUGAAUGUGAUGUGAAGGUCAAGGUUAUUUCAAUCAAACAGCUGCCACAGAUGACCAUAAGACUACAGUAAAGGCCAGUAGAGAUCUGUCACAUCAAGUUACAGGAAUCAACUUGGGUAGUCUAGAUGACCACAAUGGUAUGGCCAGUGGAGAGUAUAGUCUAGAUGACCACAACAGUAUGGCCAGUGGAGAGGAUAGUCUAGAUGACCACAACAGUAUGGCCAGUGAAGAGGAUAUCUCAACAUAUUUUACAGGUACACAUGAAGUACAAGAAUGUCUUGAAGGUCAAGGUGAGGUAGAUCUACACACACACCUGGCAAACUGCGAGAAAAAUCCUGGCCAUAAAAAGUUUGUACCUGUAAAUCAGUUAAGUGUUGAACAUUUUCCUUCUGGUUACCAUGACAACGAUUUGUAUGACCUCACAAAAGCCCUGGCUGAUGUCACUGUCAGGAUAGCCGUUGAGUUGACCAGUCCAGACAGACCAGAGUUUGUACGUGGCACUAAAGAUCCAUAUCCUUGCUACAACACCAGGGGACAGGACCCACUGAGGACAGGGACUGGGAGGGUGGGGAAGGUGACCAAGUACACAGAGGGGAUGAGGGACUACAGAACUUGUCCAUGUCCUGAAUGUGACCACUCGGACACACCCAGCAAAGUGUGGUGGAAGGUUGGUGUGUUGACAGCCAGACAUGUGGUUUUUGAUUCAAGUGAGGCGAGACAGUCCAGCUGUAGGUUGUGGUUUGAUGAUGAUAAAAGUCCAGUGGUCAAGAUUUAUGGGUGGAAGGAUAGUGGGUCAAACUCUGUGGGAGAUAUGUCAAUUUUAAAUUGUGCGACACAUGAUUUAGAUAUAGGUGACAAUCUGCAAAAGAUAAUGAUUCGGUUUAUUGAUCUAUGGCAAAAACUAGAGGACAAAUACAAGAGUCGUAGAGAUGUGGACAAGCUGACCUUUAUAGUGUCACAUCCUCAUGGCUGGUCUAAGAAGGUCUCUGUAGGUCACUGGUUACACAGGCAGGAGUUACCCAGACCGGAUGUGAACGGGCAUGUGGCGAAGGGUAAAUUGACCAGGUACACGUACACAACUUGUACCUGUCCAGGUAGCAGUGGGGCUUUUGUGUACAGAAUAGGUUGUGCUUGGUCCAGCCACCCCCAUACUGGAUCCAAGUCUACGGGAUUAAAUUAUAGUGGGUUAUGGGCAGAAUGUGACUUGUAGUUGUCUGCUCUUGUCCAGUAUGAAAACAAACAUUUC